AUGAAUCUACAGAGUAGUUUACAGACCUGGAAACAUAGGGGGAUUUCAUUUAUUAACAAUCCUUUGCCAGAAUUUGAAGAACAAUUCAGAGUAACUGAAGAACUGCCCUUUAUGGGGGACUCUGAUCAUGUUGUGUCAGGGUUCAGGGAGGACCUGACUUCUCACUUCCUGGAGACAUCUAACCUAGAUGGAGAAGCCAACCUCCAACUGACCACUUCUGAGGGGCAGGAGAGUAAGGAAGAAACUAGGGAUGAAGAACUGACAAGGAAUGUGUGCAGGAGCAUGUCAGGGAUUGAUGAGUGGGAUGGGUUAAAAAAAGAGGCAGGGGGAGAAACGAGCAUUUGCCAUGUAGCCUGCCAUAAAAAGGUUACUGUUUUCCUGCCAUGGUGCCUGGCCUUCCCAGAGCCCCCUGCUGCAGACCUUAAAGGACUGGACUUUACUAAGGAUAAUUCCCAUACCUCUGAGCUAUUCCACCUAAAGAUUUCUUCUUUCAGGAUUAUCAAUUACCCAAGAGAUAUAAGCCAAUCCACGGUGAAAGAUAUUAAGCAAGAUGCAUUUUCCAUCUGGAGCAAUGAGACCCCCUUGAUUUUCCAACAAGUGAAAAAUCAAGAUGCAGACAUCAAGGUUUCUUUCUGGUCCACGGCCCAUGGAGAUUGUUGGCCCUUUGAUGGACCAGAUGGUGUCUUAGGUCAUGCUUUUUUACCAAAUUCUGGAGCUCCAGGAGUUAUCCACUUUGACAGAGGAGAACAUUGGUCAACUUCAGACAGAAGAUUUAGUUUGUUCCUUGUUGCUAUUCAUGAGCUUGGCCAUUCUCAGGGCCUGCUGCUCUCCAAGAGUCUGAACUCCAUAAUGUACCCCAGAUAUGUGAAUUGGGACCCUACAACCUUCCAUCUUGAUGGUGAUGAUAUCAAAAUAAUCCAGCAACCCUAUGGAGAAAGAUGGUCAUCUGAAAUACCCCAAAGUUAA